CUGUCAAACCCCAUAGUUUUCACCCUCUUCACCGAGGGAGUGACGAAUAUCGUCGCCAAGCGUGGUGAAGCCGUCGUUAGCAUUUCGUUCUACACCAUGCGAAACCAGGGCGGAGGGGUGAUACAGUACGCCUCGCCGCCUAGUAGCGUCAACGCGCGAUUUUCCCAGCCUGUAGUCCUCCUACCGUGCACCACCGGAGGCGGAACCACAAGACGCGUUCCUAGCGAAUGCGUAACGGAAUGCGUUUCGGCACGACGCGUUCCGUCAGAACGCGUUUCGUCUGGCCGCGUUUCGUCAGGCCACGUUACUACACGAUGCGUUAGUACAGGAUGCGUUAGUAGGCAAUGCGCGAGAUCCAGGACCGUCUAUCCGCGGCCUCGCUUGCAGAGCCACUACAUUGCGCGGCCACGUGUCAGAUCCGCCGCGUUUGGCGGUUCUGGUUUAUUUAUCCCUGCAUUUGCGCGGUCUGGUUCUACUACAGCCGCUAGUGGUGCCACUGCCGAUUGUGAUAGUAACGGCAGGAGCAACGGAUAUCGAGCCACCGGUAUAAGAAACACUGGCAGGAUCUCUACAGUGAGAGGAGCAUCCGGUGAUAGUGCUUGGUACAGCAGUAAUGGCAGCAGCAACAGCAGCAGGGGCCAGAGCCGUAGUACUAGUGACUGGAGUAACAGCAGCUCCUGCGGACGCGGGAGGUCAAGCGGAGUCGGGAACGAGUAUGGAGACCGGAGCGACUAUAGUAACAGCAGGAGCAGCAUUAGUGACAGCAGAAGUGACAGCAGAAGUGGUUACAGCAGCAGCAGCCGCAGCAGCAGGAGCAGGAGCAGCAGAAGCAGCAGCGGCAGGGGCAGCAGAAACAGCGGGGCGCGGGCAGGGGCGCGGUGGGAGCAUGAUUUUUGGGAGGCGCUGGAGGGGAAACUUCGCCCUGGUGGAGCAUCAGGUGGUUUCGUUCGCCCCCGGCUUCAACGUCAUCACGGGCGACAGCGGGUCGGGCAAGUCCAUCAUCGUGCAGGCGAUAGCUCAGGUGCUGGGAGCAGCGGCAUCAGAAGACUCUGUGCGGCCUCCGGCCCUCUCCUCCUCCCUCUCCGCCCAUCUCUCCCUCUCCCCCUCCGCCUCUCACUCCCUCCUGCAACUGCUCAGGCAGGAGGGCCGGCUGGAUGUGGUGAAGGCCGUUUCUGGGGGAGGUGAUGGGAGGGUGAAUGUGGUUUUAGAGAGGGAGAUUUUCCGCUCUGUUUCGUCUACUGAGGCUGAUAACGAGUCUGACGAGGAUGCUAAUAGCGAGGUCAAGGCAGGAGGGGGUCCUGGUGGUGGUGGCAGCAGCAGCAGCGGCGACAGCAGAAGAGGGGCCAAGCAGAGCGGCAGCAAGAGCAGCAGCAAGAUCAGGAGCAGGAAGGCAAGGAGCGCGUGCCGGGUGAACGAGGUGGCAGUACCUCUAAGGCUGCUGCGCGCCGUGGGGGCGGCUGUGGUUGACCUUAACGGGCAGAACGCACAGGGAGCGCUGAGGAGCGAGGCCGCUCAGCUGCUGCUGCUGGAUCGAUUUGCAGGGAGGGGCCUGGGUGGGGUGCAGCAGGUGUGGGAGGAGCAGAAGAGACUGCAGGAGGCUGGGGGGGAGCAGACGCUGUCAAUGCUGCAGGAACUGGUGGAUGACGUGGAGCGGCUAGGGCUGAAGGAAGGGGAAGUGGAGGCGAUACGAGAGGAGAUCAAAGCCCAUGAGAGGGCGCUCAGAGCCGCAGAGAGCUGCAGCCGUGCACACGAGUUCCUAGAGGGGUCUGCGGCCUUAGGGGUGCUGCAGGGCCUUACCAAGGCUGCAGAGGAGCUUAGGGAGAGGGGGCGGCUGGCGGAUGUGUCGGCGGCGUUGGAGCUGCUGGGGGAAGCCAAGAUGCUGGUCAACAGAGCGAAGGACCACGUGGAGUGCUACUUGGACGACCUGCGGUUCUCAAAGGAGCGCAUAGACCGACUCAAGAAGCGGCUGAGAGAGAUAGAGGUCGUUCGCAGGCGCCACACCAUUCGAACUGCAUCUGAGCUCUGGUCUGCCGCCCAAAAAGCGGCAGAUCAGAUCUCCAGCUCAGGGAGUGUGGAGAAGAGGCAACGAGAGCUACAGGACGAAAUGAACCGCCUUGCAGCGGAGAUCGGGCGGCAGUUUCUGGCAGCUAGCAGGAGGAGGCGGGUGGCAGCGGAGGGCCUGGGGGAGAGAGUGGAGGGCGUGCUGAGAGGGCUGGAGAUGGGUGCUGCGCGGUUCAGAGCGGUGGUGGCGUGGGAGCCCGGCAUUCCACAUGCCUACAGUGCAACGUCAGCUUCCCCCAGCCAAUCACAGCUCAGCAUGGAGGGGUCGAGGAGGGGGGGUGGAGGAGUGGGAGUGAGGGAGGGGGGGAGUGUGGGGGGGAGGGGAGCUGGGCGGAGGGGGAAGGAAACAGAGUGGGAGGAGGAAGAGGACGAAGAGGACGAAGAAGGGGAGGAGGAGGAAGAGGAGGAAGAGGAGGAAGAGGAGGAGAGGGGUCAGCAUGAGGGGUCAGAGAUAUUAGUGGAUGAGGGGCUGAUUCGAGUGGAGGGAGCUGAGAGCGUGGGCGAGAGGAGCGAUGUAUUUUACCGAUACAGCAGCACGGGCAUGGAUAGGGUGGUGUUUCAAUUGUCAGCCAAUCCCGGGGAGCCUCUUUUGCCGCUCUCCCAGGUGGCGUCGGGCGGGGAGUGCUCACGAAUCAUGCUGGUAUCGCGCCUUGAAGACUGGGAGUUCGCCAGGCAGUUGCUUGACGCGAAAAACCCAUUUGCCACGGACAAUGUUAACUCCUCGCGGAGGGGAGACGUCCGUGAAAGAGUUGUUGCGAAUGAAUGCUUCACACUCCGCGAUCAUGGCUGCGAGCCACUGGGGGGAGUGUGGGCGACUCUCGUCAAAGGCGACAUCGCGGCUACGAAUGAGCUGAUUGGUGGAGAGAUUGAGGAAAAGGUAAUCGGGAGAGUCCAGGUUGUGGCCGAGGUAGACACAGGGUUGAGCUUUGGGUGCAAAUUUGCCGCCGUGGGUGCGACGUUCCUGAGGGUUGAGGAGGACAUAAGCUGUACACCCCCAUACGCGGAGAGGACGUGCACUGGGCUUGGUGCCGGUCCACAGUUCAGCGGGAGUGAUGGCAGGCCGAAGAGGGGCAUUGGUGGUGGGCUGAAGGAGAUCACAGUGAUUGGAAUGAGCUGGGAAGAUAGUGGUUACCCCUGCUCGUUGAAUCUCAUGUUGUGCAAGUAAAUUGUGCCGAAGAGUGGGCACGCAUAUGCCAGUGACUGUGCCAGAUGGGAAGGCUGGGCAUGGAAGAGUGGAGGAACCAUGGGCGACAGUUGUGAAGCUGGAGUCAG